UAGAAGAGGAAUGAUCCCUGGAUUCCCAUCUAUUGACUAAAUAUUUAUAAAGUACAUCGAAGAUGACUAUGGAUCGCUGGACUAUCAGUUUAAUUUUACUGAACGCUUUUAUAUCUAGUUCUCAAGAGAAUGAAAUUAAUACUGUUACAGAGGGCUACGACCAAGGAAAUUUGCAGAACGAUGGCCCGCCAGAGACGAUGGUAUUACCUCAAGACUGCUUCGAAGUUUGUAAUGAUUAUGAAUGUCUAUAUCUCUGCCCUCGGCCGUUAAGGGGGAUAAAAAGAUGCAUCACCCCGCUGAAAUCAAACAAGAAAAACUGCUGCCAAAAUGGACAAAUAAAUUCUUCUAACGCCCCUGAUAAUCUCAAAACAGCCGGAAAACACAUUUGGCAAGCGAGGGAACAACUUUUGGGAAUAAAGAAAGAAAUAGAAAAUGAUUUGGCGAAUAGGCGUUAUUCACUCAUCAAGGGACUUCAGCCCUUUUCAAUAAGACAGCACAACAGAGAUUCGUUAUUCAAAUUGGGAACAAAGACCUCGAAGCCUAAAGGCAAUGCAGUGAAACUAGUUUGCCCUGUAAACGACAAAAAGACAACAAACCUACCUAAUAACUUUGUAAAUACAAACAAUGAAGUAUCAGGCGGUGUUGCUGGCGACUUAAGCGAAAAUCAGAUUUCUCAAAAAUUACCAUAUUACGAAAAGGAUUUGUCAAAAGAAGAUGAAAUUGAGCAUUCUGAUUACAAUGAUGAAGUAAAUUUAGCGACAACGAUGAUUCCUAUGUUGCGGAACGAGAAUAUUGAGGACAUCAGGGAGCAGGUGAGUACGCCAAAUUCAUACUCAAGUCUUGAAGAAAAAGAAGAAAUGCAGAACAGUUUUACGGAUGUGAGCGGUGAUAUAAGGAUACUCGAAUCAGAGCAUACUACAUACGAUACUGACCUUCCGAAAUCAUCUAUUAAUUACAAACACCACAACAGUCCCAGCGUUGAACAAAGCAAUAGAGAAAAUUUUUCAAAUCGUCCAAGUCCAUCUUUAAACAGCAAUACUGACCAACCACACUAUACUAGUUAUGAAGAAACGGUCCCUAAUGGUGUCGAAACUCAAACAAUGGGUCAAAAUAUUUUUCAAUCUCAUCCUAUAAUAUUUUAUGGUGAUCCAUACAGUGAGAGUCCCAUGGAGUUCGAAAACAGUGUCUUAUCCCAGACUAAUCGAGAUAAUCUUUUAUUUACUACACCAUCGAUGCAUGAACAUAGUUCAAGCCAUAUAAAAAAAUCGUCACCUAAUACUGCAGAAAACAUUAAAACGUUAGGAUUCAAUUUUGGAGAAACCUCUGAUAAUCCUGAGUCCGAAUUUGAGGUCCCAAUUUCAACAACCCCAGGGACAACAGGAUAUAAGCAAAUUGAAAUAAAUGAUAAUAUUUUAGUUGAAUCCAAAAAUGAAUUUAUCGUCAACGACAGUAAAACAGCUAAUUCAUCAGGUAGAGAAAGCUUGUCCUCACUUACGAAGGAGGGAAGUAGCGAGGCUAAUAUCGCAAAUAAUGAAGAAUUGACUUCAUUGGAAACUGAUGUAGUAGACGAGAAGAUAGCAACCGAUAGCUUAAAACGAGUAUUAACAAAAAGUUAUCUUCGAUCGGAAGAAGAUGAGCAUCAAUCUUUAACACCAGAUGAGUUAAAUAAACCUGAUGUCAACGUUCUCUUAAGUAAUGAAACCGGUGUUAGAAAUGAAAUAUACAAACUAAAUACAAGUGAAAACAAUUUCUAUGUUGAAAGAGAUAACAUGGAAGGUUCUUCGAAUAAAUUGAAGGAUACUGAACAUAUAUAUGAUUAUCCGAAUGAUGAACCUUCACCUAAUGCUAAUGACUAUUCAGAAAAGAAAAAACCAAUAUCUGAAAUGAAUGUUUCUUCGAGUGGGGAUGGAGAUAAAAACAGUCUUUUGGAAAUAUUGAAACUCCCAGCAUCAUCUAACAACCCGAAACAAAAUUACACUUACAGAAUGUUGCAGGAAUUGAUCAAAAAAUACAAUAUAACAAGCGAAAUUAAGAGCGGGGGAAUUAACUCACCCGAAUGUCUACCAUUGAAUAGUUCACGAGGUCAUGAAACAUCAACAGUUCAUUUGGGACAAAAAAGUCCUGUAAUAAAUUCAAGGCCAAACAUAACAGGCCAAAGCUCUGAUAUAUUACAAAAUAAACCAAAUGUAAACGAUUCUUACUCCGCCAUAGACAAUAAAACACAUGGUCAAUAUAGUUCAAAACCAAUAAUUAAACUAACAAAUAUUGGCAUGUCUGAGCUUGAUGUUGAGAAUUAUACGAAGAAAGAAUCAAUACAAAUGCACAGCACAACAGAAAUAAAUGAUCAACAACUUCUAAGCGGUCCCAAUAACGAUAGUACCCGUGACAUUCAUGAAAGUGAAAAUAUACCUGUUAAGAGUUACUCAAAUAUUGUGAAAUCAUAUGGACCGAUUGAUGAGUCAGCGGGAUCUAAUGAUAUCACGCAUCCCAACGAAAAUGGUACCACUGGUCUUCUAGAAACAAUACCGAGCAUAACCAAAGGUAACAAAAGCGAUACAAUCAUCGGUGAUAAUAUAAACGGAAUCACUAGCGGGAAUAGGAUGGUAAUUAACUCAUCACAUCCCCAAGUAUCGAGAGCAGAGCAAGCCACAACAGCCAGUGUUUACUUAAUCGAAAAAGGAUCGCCUGAAAAUUCUUCAUUUAUUGAUGACAGCCAGUUUGGCUUGCGUCCAAAUAAGCUAAAUAAAACUAUAAUUCAUAUCAAAACAAACUACACUGAAGAGAAAAUGGAUAAUAAGAACAAUAUGACUGAAAAUCAGUUUUACGUUAGAAAAAACAUAGAACCAAUCUUUGAAUCCAACAAGCAAGUAAUAAUCAAUGAUUCAAUAAAUGAAAAGAAUAAUUCAAAGAUAGUUGAUCAGGAACUAUUGUAUGAUACAGGAAGUACCGAUUCAUCCGUUGAUGAACAUAUAGCUAACAUUUCCGUCACUGGAUCGGCUAAUGUAAAACAUUCUAACGAAACUGAUAAAAACGUUUUGUUUGAUGAAACUGUUCUCCAAUUAAUGCCAAAUGUGACAGAGAUGCCUUUGCCUACAAAUUUUGAUGACAAAUCAUCUGAAAUAAAAAAUCACGGCAUCGAAGAGGUUCAUUUAAGGCUUGAAGAAAACAAUGAAAACAGUUCCAGAAGUGUUGAAAACGACAAUAAUUAUGAUGACUUAUAUAGAUCGAAACAUUCUGAUGAAAUAUCCACAGAGAUCAAUGAUUCUGAAUCAUAUACGUUGGAGGAUAAAAGAGAAGGUAGUGUCAUCAAUAAAAAAAAAUUAAGUGACAUUAUCAACACCGAAUUGAACAGCUUAAAACAACAAAACAUAAUACUUAAAAAAAGGGAGGAAGAAGAAGAAAUGCCAAAUACUGACGAUCCUCAAUGUGACUGUGCCUAUCAGUCGAGUGGGAGCGAACAACUAGAUAAAUUAAGACAAUACGCUGAUAGGCCUAGAAUUCACCCUCAUUCUGUAUAUCCAAUGUUCAUCGUAGUUUCGAUGCCCUAUCAUGUCUGUGAUUGUGAAAAUAAGACAAGUUACAACAAUGUUAAUAACAAUUAUAUCAAUGCCCCUGAACCUUACGUACCCAGGGAAUAUUCAGAUACACUAACGGACUACUCGUUUAACUCUGUUCAUAAUCAUUUCCAGAAUGGAAGAGAAGGAAAAGCUGUGCAAGCUCCUCCUUACAUGCCUAAUUUAUUUUUACCAUUCGUGCCUUGGGGAGGAAUGUAUACCAUGUAUCAUCCUUACCACCAAGUACUAGACCAACCAUAUGAUAAUUAUUUACAAGGGAGAGACUUGACGAAUGAAAAUGAUGACAGUUUUAAUACUAUAAUCAGCAACGACCAUCACACUAGUGGAGAAGGAUUGGAAAAUUCUAAUCUAGGACACAUGGAGGAAUUUCAACAAGAUUCUGUUUCCACAACGAAGAGAUCUGUUCCCGAAACUCAGCAACUUUUACGUAAUGAGCGUAAAGACGCUGAGAUUAGGGAUUACGUAUUCAUCGACGGUCAGUACGUUAGAGUUUUUAAGGAUGAUAAAGAGAAUGGAAAUUAUGAUAAAACAGAAGAAACGCCUAUAACUGCAACAGAACCGCCCACCAUGGACACCUCAACAUCAGCUCCCUACAUCUCCACCACUCAGGAAACUGUCGACGAAUUUGUAACCAAUGCUGCCAUAGAUACCCACGGCCAUAGGCCUAUUGAUUACUUCUAUCCCGGCGAUUUUGGUCAAAAUCCUUUUUACGGUUACUAUCCUGGCUACGUUUUCACUCACCAUUGAUAACUCAUUUCAAUUUCAUAUCUCCUAAGAAACUAUAUCUCAAACAUCUGUUUUUCCCAUCACUUUUUUAUCACGCACAUCUGUUAAAGUUUUAAUAUAAAUCUUUUAUUCAAU